AUGUCCUGCUACGAGCGAUGCCCCACCACGUCCUGCGGCCCCACCCCGCUGGCCAACAGCUGCAACGAGCCCUGUGUUCGGCAGUGCCAGGACUCCACCGUGGUCAUCCAGCCCUCGCCCGUGGUGGUCACCCUGCCUGGGCCCAUCCUCAGCUCCUUCCCCCAGAACACCACCGUGGGAUCCUCGGCGUCCGCGGCCGUCGGGAGUGCUCUGAGUGCCGGGGGAGUCCCCAUCAACUCGGGGAGCAGCUCCUUGGGUUUUGGGGGCUUUGGGGGUUUUGGCUACCCCGGGCUGGGCAGUGGCUACAGCCGGCCCUACCGGCGCUACAACGCCUCCCGCAGCGGCUUCUAUGGGCCCUGCUAA